AUGAAGGUCCUCGUUGUGCUCGCCCUCGCUGUUUUCACAGGUUGCCAUGCCAACAUUGUGUGGCAGAACCAGCCCAAGCCCCAGGUGGAAAUGGUGAAAGAUGCAUUCUGGGACUACGUCGCCAAGGCCACCAUGACUGCUGAGGAUUCCCUGAAGCAGAUCAGACAGUCCGAGCUGGGAAGUGAAGUGAACACCCUGAUCUCUGAGAGCACCGAUGCCGUCAACAAGCUCACCGACGCUCUGCGCACUCAGGUGGCCCCUCUCACCAAGGAUCUCAUGUCUAAGUUUACCCAGGAGGCUGAGCAGCUGAAGGCUCGUCUGGAGAAAGAUCUGACCGCCGUUAGCGCCAGCCUGCAGCCCUACGCCCAGAAGCUGGUCGCUGACCUCCAGAAGCAGGUGGAGGAGCUGAAGAAGGACGCCGUCCCCUACGCUGACUCCAUGGACUCCGAGGCCCUGAAGGCCGUCCUGGUGCAGAAGAGCCAGGAGCUGAGGACCCAUCUGGACAAGAGCGUCGCCCAGCUGCAGGCCCAGAUGGUGCCCUACACCGAGGAGAUCAAGGAGAAGAUGGAGCAGAGCCUGGAGGAGUUCCAGAGGAGCAUGGUCCCCCUGUCCCAGAGCUUCAAGAGCCAGCUGACCCAGAAAACCCAGGAGAUCCAGCAGAAACUGGCCCCAUACGGAGAUGAGCUGAGAGCCCAGCUGGACACCGACAUCCAGAACCUGAAGAAGCAGCUGGAGGCUCUGUGGAAGUCCUUCACUAAGAUGACCCAGUAAAUUGACUUUUAUCUAUACCAUUAUUUAUGUUUUUAUUUCUCUCAAAUAUCCUGAAAAAACAUAAUUUCCACGCGGUACUCAAGCAACAGCAAAGCAUGAUGGACCAUGGUCACAUCCCUAAAAGGAUUUUUACUACGGACCAUCUAACGAUUCCUACCAUUAACACAACUGAGGA